CAACACAUCCAAAACGAAGACAGACAAUAUUCCAAUGAUUAUACAUAUCAAAAUACUUUGGGUAGACGUUCGACAUUGGGUGCCUACUAUCACAUGAACAAUCAACCCUCCUACAGCAAUGAUCACAGUAUAAAUAAUCAAUAUGGCUACAAUACCUGGGGUAUAUGGCGAGAUGGUCGCAAUUUGGCUCCCUCUACAUUUUCGGCUAAACCCCAUGCUCACUAUCAAAAGACUAGAUCUUUUUCUAUUAUCUUGACUACAGCAGCUUUUAUAGUUUUACUAGCGGUCAUAUCAAUAGCGGGUUUGGCUUUCUAUUUUAGUUCCAUUAAAGGCAAUAUGGAAGAUCCUGUUUUGGGUUUUGAGGGCUCUUUUCGUAUAGCCAAGGGCGAUCUAUUUUCCACCGGCUUGAAAUACAAUCAUACCACCUCGUAUAAACAAAAAAUUGAAUUUUAUAAAAGAUUUGUGGAAAGAGCUUUAACGGAUCAGGGUUUACAGCCUUUGCGUACGGAUGUUUGGGGCUUUGGUGAGGGUCCCUUGAUCAAGGUUAAUUUUAGAACAUUUUUUGAUGUGCGAAAAUUGCCGCAAAAUAUUCAUAAUGUUGAGGAAUUUAUAAAAGAAGCCAUUUUUCUGGAAACCACCGCUGUGAAGUCUUUGUAUAGAUCUUUGCGCAUAGAUGGAGAUUCGGUGGAAAUUAAACGUAUUUUGGAUGAGCAAGUGGUUAAAUCGGCAUCACUGUUUAAAGAUGCACAUACGGUGCCCACCAGUCAAACUCAACUGGAGAAGAGAUUAAUGAAAAAGACCGGCAAUCCACCAGCACUCAUCAAUAAACCCUCUUCCAGUUCCAGUUCCAGCAAGGGACGUACUCCGUCCAAACCCCACUCAGCCGAUGAUGAACCAGAUGUAGAUGUUGAAAAUGCUCCCGUUAUACAAGGAUCCUUUGAAGGAUCAUUUGAGAUAACAAAAACCGAUGCUGAUAUUGCACUAAAGAAAACUACUCCUACUAGAGGUCACACUAUGGGUACUUUAGCGCCUAAGGCGGUAACUCCCUAUGCUUUGAGAGUAAAGCCCAAGAAGCCAGGUAUUGAGAAAUUGACAACUAUAGUGCCACAACAACAAACUGUUACAAGUACUAGGGGCACUACAACCUCAACGACGACUACAACUACUACAACGACAAGCACCACCACUACAACGACGCCCAAACCCACUACGACUACUAAGAGAACAACUACCACAACAACGACCACUACACCUAGGCCUACUACUACCACAAGCACAACUACCACUACAACACCUGCCACCACCACGACAACUCCUUCUACGACUACAACAACUACUAGAAAGCCUACAACAACAACCACUUUAGCGUCUACUACUACUCCUCACAGUCUACCUCCAGUGCCACCCAUGAAUCAUCAAAAUUAUCCCACACAUACCUCACCUUCCUCUCCCUCACACUCUUUGCCACAAUUAGAUCAAAGUCUGUUCACUUCCGUGCCCGUAUUGGACACCCAACCCUGGCGCCCUAUACACCGUGAAGUGCCCGAAUUCUUACCUGGACCACCACCUUCAUUCCCCACCAAAACCCUACCCACUUUACAAAUGCCUACCAUGUCUACAUCUUUACCUUUAAUGCCACCAGUGGGUCCUGUCAUAAAUGAGGAACCACCACGUCGACGUAUAGAUGAAAUAGAAUUACCAUUUUUGCCUGAGGAACCCAGACCUCCGGUGCCGAUGCUGGAACCUUUCAAUGCCGGAAAACCUAUUAUGGAUUCUUAUAAACCUAAUUUCUAUGGUCCCGGCUUUAGGAAACCCGAUUCCACUAUGGAUAUGAAAAAUUCCCAGGAAUUAAUGUUUUAUCAUAGUUUUGGUAAUCCCGUUUUUAUGCCCGGCUCUGAAGGUAUUGAACGUUUGGGAGCUGGUGCCUCGGUGCAGCCACAUCCUCUGCCAGUGCCUUUAAUCGAUGAGGUAGUCAUACCACCAUUUAAACCUUUGAAACCGGGUUUGGCGGCUAAGACGCUGGCAUUUGACAUGGCUGCUGACAGUGAGAAAUUCGAACACUUGGGGGAUGGUGUUAUAGCCAAGAAACAGGAAAAUACCACCGUGGUGCCAGAGAGUACAGUGAGUUCAAUGGAAAGUAGUAGCAAACAGGAAAACACGGAGAAGGAUGCAUCAUCUACCCCAAAGCCCAACAGUGAAGAUGCGAUUGAUACAUCUUCGGCCACUUCGGAAUUGGCAGAUAAGAUAGGCGAAUUCUUUAUGGAUCUUUUGGAUUUACCUAAAGAUGAGGUAGCUAAAAACAAGCAACAACCUUUGGAGUCCAGAAUAGAACCAGAGGAAGAGGAAAGUGCUACAGAAACCAGCAGUAAAGAAGAUGUUGAGGAUGUGAGUGAUACUACCUUAAGAUUUGUGGCAGAUGAGUCCACCGAGUCCAGUACAGCGGAAGUAAUCUCUAGCCCUACCUUAACUACAAGCACGUCCACAUCCUCCACCACCAGCAAACCCAAUUUCUUAAAUCUUAAGGAAUUAAUCUUGCAAAGAAACCAGUUGAAUAAUCAAAACUUAAAGAAAUCCAGCAGUGAAAGUUAUCGUAAUACUUCUAGAGUAACAAGCACCACUACCAUCAGCACCACUGCCAAAACGACUACUACCACUAGGCCUCCGAUGACCUCAACGACUAAACAUUAUAAAAUCAAACCCUCUCAAAGUAAACCACCCACUAUGUUGGAUGAUUCCAAUCUUUUCCCCUCACAUUCUAAAUGGGAGUUUGUCAACAACUCGGCAGGCUCUCAAGCUGGUCACACCGGCAACAUGCGUAAAGUUUUCAAUACCACUUUGCAAGCCUGGGUCUCAGAGGAUGGAAAAACUGAGAAUUUCACUUUAAACGAUUUGAAGACGAAAAUCAAUAAUGCCACUAACAUACAAGAUAUCUCGCUAAUCUUUGAUACUUUGGCCUCUAAACUGGGCAUAACACCCAGUGUACCCACCAAAGUGCCACCAUUUUCCUACAACAAACUAAAGCAAACACAAAAUAAUGAAAUGAGGUCAAGGCCUACAACCACCACAACUACUAGAGCUACCACAACACCCCGAACCACAACCACUACUCGAGCUACUACCGCAAGCACAAAAAUGGACUCUUCUGAUAAAACCACAGCCUCCACUACUCCAACACCUUAUGGUGACUUGGUAUUCGAAAGAAGAGAACCUUUUAUAAAACCCAUGUCUAGUUUUAUUGACGAUUCCUCUGCCGAAGGCGUGGGCGCCGCUAUACCUGUAGUGGGCGAGGCGGAAGUUGAAGUUAUUGAUCCCACUAAAUAUGAAGAAAUGUUAAGAUCCUCACAAUUUGCUGAUUCAACAACCACAGAAACUACACCAAAACUGGUGACCCUAUUACCCGUCAGAUCUAAUUCGGGCAUUAGGACCUAUAAACCUUUCACAGAAUCGGCUAGAAGUAACUCUGACUCACCCAGUACUUUAUCCAGCAUAGCUUCCUCAACAUCUUCCUCAUCAGUUGAGUCCGAUUCAGCAGCCAGCUCUCCAGCUGUAACUGUAUCAGUACAGUCGUCUUCCUCAUCAUCCUCCUCAACAUCUACAGCUGCGAGAAAAAAGUCAGGUGCUGUAGUGAGUAAAACGAAUUCUUCUGCCACAAGAUCGGGUAUAACACGAAGAAAGAAUGCCAAUCAAAGUAGAAGAUUUCCUCCUCCCGAAGCGGUUAUAAGAGGUGGUCUAAAAGUAACGGUUUAAAUAAGUAGGUCGAGAAAAAAGUAGAGCUUGAAGAGUAGUAGGAAUAGGACAGGGUGUUUUUGUUUAAUGAAAAGUGAUUUAUUGAUUCGAGAUUAGUUAUAAGUUUAUCCGAAAUACAAUGUGCUGAGAAUUAUUAUGUUUAGAAAUUAAAUUAAAUCUAAGUAAUUCUUCCUAUUUAAGUUCAUUUUCAACUUUUUUUUAUGGUGAAAAAUGUUUUUUUUAUUUAACACACAAACGCAGCAAUUCUAUCCAUAGAGC